AUGUUCUUGAAGUUCACCAUCAUCUUCUACCACAUAGUGCCGCUCAGCCUGUACGUGGUCUACGAGAUGCUGAAGCUGUUCCUCGGCUACCGCCUGGCGGCCGACAGACAGAUGGUCGACCCCGAGACUGGCGAGGGCGCCCUCCCACGGACUGCCGACCUGAUGGAGGAGAUGGGGCAGAUCAGCUUCGUGUUCUCCGAUAAGACUGGCACCCUGACCCGCAACGAGAUGGUCUUCGCGCAGUGCGACAUCAACGGCACCGACAUGGGCGAGUUCCGAGGCGACGGUGCGCCAGGCCUCGAGAAGGUGAAGCAGUUGCUCAGCGAUGGCCUGUCCGAGAACACGUCGGUUUCGGACCAGGACUUCUGCAGCGUGGUGGACUUCUUCACCUGCCUCGCCGUCUGCCAUAGCGUUGUGAGAGAGCGGCCUCCCGAGGACGACGGCACCGAUCCCGGCGGCAUGGGCGACGCCUGCCCGCUUCCGCAAGAGACUCCCAGGACCGUUAACUCUGACGCCACCGCCUCCACGGCUGUGUACUCCGGGGCCUCGCCAGACGAGGUGGCGCUGGUGAACGCUGCCAACCAGGUCGGCAUCUCAUUCAAGGGGCGCAAGCGCAAGUAUGCGGGCUCCUCGUCCGAGUUGAUCGUGCACGGGCCCGGCGAGAAGCAGCGCACGUUCGUGCAGCUUUUCGAGCUGCCCUUCAGCUCGGACCGUAAGCGCAUGUCCGUGCUCGUGAGGUACAAGGGUGAGGUGUGGUGCAUCACGAAGGGGGCGGACGCAGUGAUGGAGCAGCUGCUGCGGGAGCCGCUGAGCAAGGAUAGCCAGGCGCACCUGCUCGCCUACGCCUCGAGGGGCCUCCGCACCCUCGUGGUCGCGAUGAAGAGAGUUAGUCACGAGGAGUGGGUGGAGUGGAGCAAGGAGUACAUCGCGGCACGGGAGGUGAUCAGUUCAAGCAAGGAGAGUCGGGCAUGGCAGCCGUGGCGGCGAAAAUGGAGCAGAAAUUGA